AUACUCAGACCAAGUGUGGUCUGCGUAGAACUGUGAGAUAGAAAUCCAGCACACAGGAACCGGAGGAGAGUGGGCAGCCAUCUCAUUCAGCACCUUGAUUUCCAGAUAAAGAAACUGAGACCCAGAGGGGGAGAGUGAAUUGCCCAAGAUGAAGCUGGGGACGCAAUGGGGGCAGACUUCUGGUCAAUACUAUUUAGAAUCCCCAAAGAGCUGCCUCUGAUUUUUAAAGAUGUGAGGCUUUCUUAUUCACCUUGAUAAAUUCAACAGCUAGUCUAGUGCAUGGCAUGUAGUAGGUCCUCCAAAAAUGCUUGUUGAAUGAGUGAAUGACAGACUGAGUGAGUGAGCACAGGCACGAGUGAAUGAGUGAGUGAGAGAGUGAGAGUUAACGAGGCUCGGAGAGUGGUGAAGGAAAGAACAGAGUAGGAAGUUUUUGACAUUCAAGACUCAAGUCAAGCAGAAAUGUGAAUCGACAGGCAGCUUGUCGAGUAAUUCAGGAACCAGAAGGAUUCUUGAUCUCACUCCUAAGCAGGCAGCCCUGUGUCAGGGUGGAGGGCGGGUCGAUAUGCAGCCCUGCACUGCUGAACUGCUGCCGGCAUUGAUUCACCUGCCUUUUGUCAAACAGGUUCCCACCAACCUGAAGACAUGAGGAUCCACAGCCUCACCCUGCUGUCCUUCCUCCUUCUGGCCGCUCAGGUGCUCUUGGUGGAGGGCAAAAAGGCAGUAAAGAAUAGACGUGCCAGCAAAGCCACCACAGAUAAAAUGUAUACUGUGGGCAAGUCCCAGGUUGAGCAGAAAAGCCAGCCACCCAAGCACGUGACCAAAGGCAAGUUUGUCACCCAAGACCAGGCCGACUGCAGAUGGGUGGUGACUGAGAAGGAGGGAGGCAUCGUCUUGAAGGUCGAGUGCACCCGACAGGAUGACAAGUUUUCCUGUUUCUUUACCGGCAAUCCAAACCCAUGCCUGGAGUCGAACAAAAAGAGUGUCUAUUGGAAACAAAUUAGCCGAAGCCUGCGCUCGCAGAAGUCCAUCUGUGGGGACGCCAAGAGCACCCUGAAGACUAGGGUGUGCAGAAAGAAGUUUCCAGAAUCCAACCUCAAGCUGGUGAACUCCACUUUGAUUAGGAAGAAACCCAGCCAGGAGUCAAGGGAGCCCUCUCCCAGGGAGCAGAGCACAGCCAAUGAGGCCUCCCUCAUGGAGCCUAACAAGGUCAAAGAGAUUUCCCCCAAGGAUCAGGUCAUGGCUAAAGAGAACACCCUUAUUGGCCCAGCAGAGUCCAAGACCAACGAUCCCGAGUGUGUGGACGACCCAGACAUGGCAAACCAGAAGAAAGAAGCACUGGAAUACUGCGGGGAGUCCUGGGGCUCUUUCUGCAAAUUCUUCAUGGCCAUGGUACAGAGCGAUUCAUGCUAAGGAGGUCAGAGGAGAACAGAGUCCACUAGGAGGUGUCCUAUCAAAGCCCUUCAGUACGCUGUAAAGCUCUCCAGGUUCCCUGUAAGCUGAAUACCCGUGCUACAGGAGGGCAGCGGGUUAUUUAAACAGAUUUUGUAAUUUUUGUUACUGUGUUUUGGAAUUUGCUUUAUAUUCAUUUCCUUAGGUGUGGUUUUCAGAGGUUGUUGAGCUCAGUGUUUCCGUGGUCCACCAAGCUGUGUGCACCUGAGCAGCAGCAACCAGUCUUUGCGCUGAAUGAGCCGGAGGGAUGGAUUCAGUGCACUGCA